UGUCUUUAAAAGCAGACAUACUAGAUAGCUGCAGACUGUAAUGCUUUUUGGGUAGCCAUGCUGAAUGCAUCUUAUUUGUUAAUAAGGGAGUGAGUUUGAGGUGAAAAUAUUCCUCGUGUUGGCCCCAUGGAAGAUGAGCUGGCGCUGUCUGAUCAGGGCUCCGAUGAGGACGAGGAGGUCCUUACACCUGCAGAGCUUAUAAAUAAGUUAGAAGAGGCCUGGCUCAAUGAGAAGUUUGCACCGGAACUGUUGGAGAGCAAAUCUGAAGUUGUGGAGUGUGUAAUGGAACAACUAAAUCACAUGGAGCAGAAUCUGCACAGAGCAAAGCCUGGGGAUCUGAAGAUCAGCUUCCACCACAUGGAGAUUGAGCGGAUACGAUACAUGCUCAGCAGCUACUUACGGAGCCGCAUGCUCAAGAUUGAGAAGUUUUUUCCUCACAUUCUUGAGAAAGAGAAAAGCAGAGGUGAGGGAGAACCUCCACACCUGUCCCCUGAGGAGUUUGCCUUUGCUAAAGAGUACAUGACAAACACAGAAACACUAUUAAAGAGUGUGGCGCUUCGUCACAUGCCACCAAAUCUGCAAACUGUGGAUCUUCUCAAAAGUGUCCCAAAACCAAACCUGGAUUCCUUUGUAUUCCUGAGAGUGAAGGAGGAACAGAAUAACAUCCUGGUGGAACCAGAGACAGAUGAGCAAAGUGAAUAUGCCAUAGAUAUGGAGGUCGGAUCUCAACAUCUCAUCCGUUAUCGGACCAUCGCUCCCCUUGUGGCUUCAGGAGCUGUGAAACUCAUUUAAUGCUACAGAGUGGAGCAACCUUUGUCUCAUCCUGGAGGGGGCAGCAAAACAGUAGUUUAGUAAAGCACCACUUGCAUUCAUCAAUCACUGAAGGAAGCAAAACUGAAGAUCUGAUUUAGCAGUUCCACUAUAGCAGAAAUGGGGAAUCAUCAACCCAUUAUCAUGGAUGUCCUUGGGAAGAGGUGUGCUUUGUGCAAUGCUAGUGCAAGCUGAGUUGUGAGUAUAAGGUCGCACAAAGCUCCGAGACAAUGCAAUGCUCCUGGAUUUUCAUUCUAAUGUAAAAUAUAUUGCUGAUGAGGUAAAGUCAUCAUCCUAUAUGUCCGCACUAUAUAUAAAUAAAAGGGAAAUAACUGGUUUA